AUGAGCACAGACAGAAGGCGGAUUCUCGGGCCGGCGGAUGCCGUUCGCCCUGUGGCAGCUCCGCCCGUCUCGGCGGAAAACACCGCCCGCCACCAUCCAGAUGAGCCCGUGCGCAAGUUUUUCAUCAAAACCGGCCUCAGCAAAAACGCCAAUGGCCUGGCGUACUUGGAGAUCGACGAUACAAUCAUUGAGGUGGGCAUUUUCGGGCCCAGGCCCAUAAAAGGCCUGUUUGUGAACAGGGCGUCGUUCACGGUGGAGACCAAGUUUCUCCCGCACGUGACCCAGCCCAGCGAGGUGCUAUUCAAUGGCUCGCAGGCCGCUGCAAACGGCCGGCUGCUGCUCACCAACAUCGAGCAGAAAUUGAGCACGUUUGUGGAAACGGCGUUUUUGCCCGCGGUGCUCUUGGAAAAGUACCCGAAGUCCACCAUCGACGUGUUUGUGAACGUGCUUGCCUUCAACGCCAACACGUCGUCGAUGCUCAACUUGGCCGCGUGGAUCAUCAACUGCACGUCCUUGGCCAUGGUCGACUCGGGCAUUGAGGUCCGUGACAUGGUCACCUGUGGCCACGUGAAAACCUGCAGCGGCCUGGCGGAAAUGGAUGCUCUCAUAGCGACCGACUCCGACGCGGAAAAGGGCACCGAAUGCGUGGCCAGUUUCAUGGCCAUGCACAACAACGACAUGGUUGCUGUGUGGGUACAAGGCAGCGACGGGGAUGGCGUGUCCGAGUCCGUGAUGCUGCAGCUGUUGGAAGGCUGCCAGGAGAUGUCAACCAUUGUGCGCAAGAACUUGAACGGUUUUUUGCUCGACCUCGCCAAGUAG